AUGGACAUCUGCUGCUGCUGCUGCCUGGGCGGCUACACAGCCAGCUUCAACACCGCCAAGUUCAUGUACCUCGGCCUCUUUGUCGUGUCUGCCAUUGUCUCGUGGGUGUUCCGCGACUACGGCAAUGAGUUCGUUCACCAACUGCCCGAGAUGGAGGCCUGCCGCCCCAACGAUGAUGAGGGCCUCAAUUCAGACUGCGUGGGCAAGGGCGCCGUGCUGCGCAUCUCCUUCGCCACCUUCACCUUCCACCUUGCCCACAUGAUCGCCCUGUUUGGGUGCAAGAGCGAGGCCGACCCGCGGACGGCCGUGCACACGUCGUGCUUUGGACUCAAGUUCUCGGCUUGGAUGCUGCUGGUGUUUGUGUCGUUCUUCAUACCCAACGAGUUCUUUGGAGUGUAUGGAGAGGUUGCGCGCGUCUUCUCGGGGGUCUUUCUCAUUUUCCAGGCCAUCGUUCUGAUCGACAUCGUCUACCGCAUCAAUGAGGCCCUCCUCAGCAAGGAGGGCUGCAUGGCCGGCCUCAUCGCCAUCUCCACCUCCCUCUACAUCCUCUCCCUCAUAAUCAUAGCCCUCUCCUACCACUUCUAUGCACCACGGGGCACCUGCAGCACAAAUGUGGGCUGGAUCACCUGGACUCUGAUCAUGGCCAUUGCCUACACCGCCCUGUCGAUUUCACCGUGGCGCAUCGAGAAUGCAGGCCUGCUCACGAGCGGAGCAGUGUUCAUCUACACUUCCUACCUGCUGAUCAAUGCGCUGGCGAGUGAGCCCACCGAUGACAGCAACCCAUGUGUGACAGAGGGAGGGAUGGACGGCGAGUGGAUACAGGCCACUGGAUUCGUCAUUGCCCUCGCAGCUGUCGUGGUGUCCACCGUAAGCACGGGCACCGGGGACCUUUCCAUCGACUCAGGAGAUGGCCUGCCUUACCGCCCUGACUUCUUCCACGUCACCUUCAGCCUGGCAGCCAUGUACCUAGCCAUGCUAUUCACCAACUGGAGCCUGGAGGAGACGCCCGAGGAGUGGGAGCUGGGCAAGGGCUGGCAGAGCGCCUGGGUGAAGAUCGCCUCACAGUGGCUGGUGGUCUUGCUGUACAUCUGGACCAUGAUCGCACCGGUGCUGCUGCCGGACAGGGAAUUUUCAUGGGCAUGA